AUGGCGACGUUCGUCAGGGCGGCUUCGAAUCUGCUUACUGGGGCUAAAGUGCCUUCCCUCCUCGGUAGAGAGGGCUCAGCCGAGAACACCGAAGAUGCGGUCUUCACAGUCGUCGUCAGCGGCACGCAUGGCAUGCUGGGAAGCUACCUCGUGGAUAUGUUUCGCCACCCGUGGAUGCGCAUCAACGGCCGCCCUGUCCGCUGUCGCCGCCUGAUCCGCACGCGGCGAAGCCCUGGCGCGGCCAAGCGGCCUCCAUCGUCGACGACGAUGUACGACGCUGAGGCGGUGGGGCCUAGGCUGCCGCCGCGUCCUGAGUUUCUGCCUUCUUCCGCAGACUUCGUGGACGCCAAAGAGCGCCUCGAGGACGCGGCGUCUGAAGAUGCCGCGCGCAAACGAGAUGAAGCGGACGUGAAGGGCAGACAGAAAUCGCAGGCUGGAGAGGAGAAGGCGGACUCAGCCACGCGCUCGAGCGCCGCCAGUGGAUCUCCGAAUGAAGAGAAGGGAAGCGGACGAGGCACGACGGUGGAGGAGGACAUCGAGGAAGAUGAUAUCCUGUGGGACAUUCCGGGCCAGUGGAUUGAAACUGAGAAACUCGAAGGCGUGGACGCCGUCAUACAUUUGGCGGGCGAGCCGCUGGCGGAGAAGGGAGAAGUUGCGGGCGAGCGCGCCCCCGACCGCGCCCUCCUGGCGAGUUCGACAUCGACGGCGGUGACGUCCCUUGGAGCCCAGCUCGCGGAGACAGAGGCGUCCGAGGCCGCGGGGCUUCCCGCCGCAGGGAGCUGGGGCACGAGCCGCCUGCGUUCUUUCUUGGAUAGUGAGGAGUGGCUGAGGUCUCUGGGCGCGUGGACUGAGGCCAAGAAGCAGGAAAUCGUCGACAGCCGCGUCCGCAGCUGCAAGCUCCUGGCAGACACGUUCAAGCGACUCCAACGCCCUCCCAAGCAUUUCUUCGUCGCUUCAGGAGUCGGCUUUUACGGCAUCGAGAAGGGCGACGAAAUCUGCAACGAAGAGACGAGUGGGGGCAACACGUUUGUCUCGGAGGUGUCUGUUCAGCUGGAGCGCGAGGCGGCGAGGGCGGCGCCGCGGCAGUCCGCUGUGUUCAGAGAGUUUGCGUUUCCGCUGGCAGACUUGGAAAAAGAUGACGCCGCCAAACAGACUCCCCCUCGCGCCGACGAUGACUCAUCUGGAUGCCGAGUCGUCUUCCUAAGAUUUGGCGUGAUAUUCUCCACGCGAGGAGGGAUUCUGCCGCGACUUCUUCCUCUGUACAAAAUGCGCUUCGGGUCACGCUUGGGAGGCGGCCAGCAGUGGAUGUCGUGGAUCUCUCUGCGCGACGCGGCGCGCGUGAUCGUCUUCCUUCUCCAGGCAGAACAAGCUUCCAUCGAGGGCCCCGUGAAUGUCUGCUCUCCGGAACCCAUGCGCAACGCAGAGCUGGCUGCGCGACUCCACGAAGUCCUCCAUCCCAAUGCGUGGCUCACCCUGACGAUGCCGACUCCAGCGGCGCUUCUUCGGCUCGUAUUGGGGCGUCUGGCUGACGAAGUACUUCUGGGGGGGCAGCGCGUGGUGCCGCAGCGCCUCGCGGAGGCGGGGUUUUCAUUUCGGCAUCCGUCUAUCACCGAGGCGAUCGAGUGGAGUCUCGCGGACAAGAAACGCCGAGACGUGAAGAGCGCGGAGGCGCACCAGGGCGAGGAGGAGGGCUUGCCAGAAGAAGCAGGCGAAACGGACGACCCCGAGGAAGCUGAGGAGAGGCGGGCGGCUUUCGAGACACUCAAAUCUCAGCAGAUCGUUCUCGCCGAGCAGCUGAAGGAACAAGAGAGACAGCAGGAGGCGAAGCGCCACGAACUGCUGCUCAAGAGACGACACUCAUCGAAAAUGAUGUCGCAGGCGCCUCAGGAGCCAGAGGGGGGUGGGGAGGACGCGAAACGCCAGGUGGCUGCUGAGGAGGCGUGA